AUGCCUUAUAGUGUAAAGCUGGAGUCAGGUCGACUGGCAAAUUCUGGGAAAAGACAUCAAAGUAAUGAUACUGAUACUGCUAAUAGACUGGCCAAAAGGUCAAAAAAGGACCAGAAUACCAGCUCAGCGCAAUCACACUAUAUAGAAGAAAUAACGGGUUCAACGAAUCAAGGUGAUUCUGAUUCAAUCACCAUCUCUGUCAAUGAUUCUUUGAAGCUUCCUGCAUACUAUUCUCAAUCGACAAUUCUAUCUCAUCAGAGAAAAGUGGUGGAUCAAGAGUCUGGCAAACAGAAGUUAUGCGAUCUACUUAUAUCGAACGAGAAACUUAUAGACGAGCUAUUUCAUCUUCGAAAUUACACCUCCUUGGUUUAUUUUGAUCCCCAAAAGGCUUCUGAAAUUAGAUCCUCCGAGAGCUUUCAGCGGAUUGAACAGGAGUAUCAAUUAUGGCCGGAAAUAGAAGAGAAACAGCGCGGGAGGCGUGUUAGCUCCAGAGUUAUGCAGCAUUCCGAUCCUCUCCGUCUUGAAAUACAUAAUAUGCUAUUUGAGCGUUCCAAAAAGACGCGGACCAAACUUAUAGAACAGGUUAAGGAAGAUAAACCGAAGGCAAUGGUGAAGCGUGAAACGAAGUCUCAGGGGAAAGUGAAGAAAGAUGAGGAAGAGGAAGAGGAGGAAAAAAGGGAUGAAGAGGAGGAAGAAGAAGAGGAGGAAGAAGAGGAGGAAAAAGAAGUGGAAGAAGAAGAAGAAGAUCAUAAUGAUGAGUCUGAAGAGGAUAGCAGUUUUGAAAUGUCGUCAGAUGAUUCAGUCGUUCACGUUUCUCCUUUACCUGAAAACUACCAUCUGCCAAAAAAGAUUUCUCUAUCUUAUCACAUUAAACCGCAAAGAAUCGCACACCCAAUGUUCAUCACCAGGCCUAAAUUCAAAAGCUUGGAUGAGUUUCUCAAUUCUUAUAAGACCACAAUAGAGGAUCCACCUAGAGAUCUCUCGAUUCCAGAGUACAAUGAAUAUUUGAAAUCACAAGAACAUCUUGUAGAUAAGAUUAAAGAUGGAUUACGGAGGAAGCUGUUGAAAUUGGAUUUCAAUGAAAACAUUUUCAGAAACGUUCCAAGUGGCAGUCGAGAGCCUACUAUCAUCAAACGGAAUUUUCAGCAUAAUAUCAGUCAUUACAAACUUCCUCCAUCUCCAUUUAGAAUGAAGAAUGAAUUGACUCAUUAUGAUCAUAUAGUGGCUCAAGGUAUCAAGCUCUCUAAAGUGGUUCAUCAUAUGAGAACUGUCAAGUUACAAAAAGGCCGCAAGAUCGCUCAGAUGAUUGAAAAUCAUUUUAGGCGGCUCUCGCAAGAGAAGGAGAGACGGCAGCGUGAAUUUCAUAGAAAGAAGCUUAAAUUAGCUCGCGAUACUGCACGGGAGGUCAAAAAGAGGUGGCUUAUCGCUGUUAAGGCCUUCAAGAUUUUAGAAGAACGAGAGCAGGAAAGGGAGAGAGCUGAGCAAUCAAAGAAACAGCUAUCGAAGAUACUUGAUCAAAGUACCAAGGUAUUAGGUGCCCAGCUGACUAAUAAAAGAAGUACCAGCCCUCGAGUGCUAGGCGCACAUGAUGAGGCUUCGGAAACCGACUCUUCCAUAAAUGACGACGAUUACUUUAGUUCCAGCACAUCAAACGAGGAAGGGGAUACUGAUGAUAAUGAUCUGACUAUGGGUGAGCAGACUGAUGGACAAAUUAAUGAAAACAGUGAUGAUAAUCUAUUGACGGCUGAGCAGUUGAGGCAAAAGUACAAAGUUUUGGUAGAAGCAGACCAAGAGGAUGCAGAAGAAUCUGAUGACGGUGAAAAUUUACCUGGCUCAGGGCUAGCGGAUUUGUAUGGGGGUAAUGCUUCUCACGUCGACUUAAAUCCUGAAUUGGCGUCUAGUGAAGUUUCUGAAAGGGAGAAACAAUUACUCGCGAACGAGACACCAGAUCCACUUCUUGAGGAUGAAGAUAACGGCGAUGAUGACGAUGACGACUUUUCCGAUUCCACUGAUGAUAGUGGCUCACUGGGUGACAGUGAAGCAGAGAGUGCGGUCAACAGUGAAAGCGGAGAUGUGAGUCUAAAUGGACCCACGGAUCAUGGAUUGGAGUCUUUAUUGGAUAAAAACAUUGAUGAUUCCGAUGAUGAUUCUGUUUACAGUGAGCAUGACUCUGACACUCCUACUUCGUCUCCUAAGGAUGGCUCUGGCAAAGACGAGUCCUCGUCCAUUCCAGAUGUUCCUCUUCCGUCUCUAUUACGUGGUACUCUAAGGCCUUACCAAAAGCAAGGCCUUAACUGGCUUGCUUCGUUGUACAAUAAUGGUACCAACGGUAUUCUUGCAGACGAAAUGGGUUUAGGCAAAACUAUUCAGACUAUUGCUUUGAUCGCCUAUCUUGCAUGUGAGAAAAAUGAAUGGGGACCACAUUUAAUUGUUGUACCGACCUCCGUGAUGCUUAAUUGGGAGAUGGAAUUCAAGAGAUUUGCUCCAGGCUUUAAAGUUCUGACGUACUAUGGCUCUCCACAGCAGCGUAAGGAGAAGAGGAAGGGUUGGAAUACUCUAGAUUCUUUUCAUGUGUGCGUCACCUCAUACCAAUUGGUUGUGCAAGACCACGCCGUGUUUCGCAGAAAAAAAUGGCAAUACAUGAUACUAGAUGAGGCCCACAACAUCAAGAACUUCCGUUCUCAGCGGUGGAGAUCUUUGCUAAAUUUCAACACAGAACACCGGUUGUUACUUACUGGUACUCCGCUUCAGAAUAACAUCGUUGAGUUGUGGUCCUUGUUAUAUUUCUUGAUGCCUUCUUCGAAGACCAACCAAUCCAUGCCCGAAGGAUUUGCCGAUUUAAUGAAUUUUCAGCAAUGGUUUGGAAGGCCUGUUGAUAAAAUCAUUCAAGGUGGUGGUCUCGUUAACGAUAAGGAAACCAGAGAAACGGUGGAUAAGCUUCACCAAGUAUUGAGGCCUUAUCUUCUUAGGCGGUUAAAACAGGACGUUGAAAAGCAGAUGCCUGCAAAAUAUGAGCAUAUAGUUUAUUGCAGAUUGUCAAAAAGACAGAGACUUCUCUACGAUGAUUUCAUGAGUCGGGCCCAAACAAAGGAGACUCUUGCAAGCGGAAACUUUUUGAGUAUCAUCAACUGUUUGAUGCAAUUGAGGAAAGUUUGUAACCAUCCCGAUCUAUUUGAAGUCCGUCCUAUCAAUACGAGCUUUGCACUUAAGAAGUCUGUCACUGUUGAUUUCCUUUUGAAGAAGAUGGUUGUCAAGAGGCACAUGAAGUCUGAUCCUUUUAAGAAAGUUGAUCUCAAUUUCCUGAAUCUAAUUCCCUCUCAAAAUUAUCUGUUAACAUCUCAUGAGCUCAGUGGUGUCAAGAGGCUUUCAGCCUCUAAUAUUUUUGCACAAAGAGUCAAAGAACUGAAGAGUAAACUUGAGGUCGAAAAAAGUGAACCUAGCUUGGCAAACUUGGAAGAUUAUUACAAAUGGCUGAUCUACAAGCAGAACAAUGAUCUUCUUGAACAUACAAAGCAUGCCAUGUAUGUGAAUAGCAAUAAUUGCAACAAGGCUCAGAUAAUAUCCUCGAACUUGAUCAAACUGCUUACCGUUGAUAGAUAUUCUAAGCAAAAUAUAGAGCAGCUUGAAGAGCUAAGAGCGGUGAAGACUAUAGAUUUCCGUUCCAAGCUGAUGUCUCCCAUUAUUGAGAAUUUCACGUUCAUUACGCCAAAAGUUACUGCUGAAGAUAUGGUUGAUAUGUGCGCUCCAGCAGAGUUGAAAAGAGAGAUUCAGCAUGCAGCUCAAAUCGAUCAGAUCAGUAAUCCGUUCCAUCAAGUGCAGAUAAAAUCAUCCAUUGCCUUUCCGGACAAAUCACUUUUACAGUAUGAUUGCGGUAAGUUACAAAAACUUGCUAUCUUACUACAAGAGUUAAUUAGUAACGGGCACCGAGUACUUAUUUUUACACAAAUGUCUAAGGUCUUGGAUAUUCUGGAGAAAUUUUUGAAUUACAAUGGCUAUACAUACAUGAGACUAGACGGUGCCACAAAGAUUGAAGACAGACAGUUGAUGACGGAAAGGUUUAACAGAGAUAAUCGUGUAAACUGUUUCAUUUUGAGUACACGUUCUGGUGGAUUGGGUAUAAACUUGACCGGUGCCGAUACAGUUGUAUUUUACGAUUCCGAUUGGAAUCCAGCCAUGGAUAAGCAGUGUCAGGAUAGGUGUCACAGGAUUGGUCAAACACGAGACGUCCAUAUUUACCGGUUUGUCUCGGAAUAUACGAUUGAGUCGAACAUUCUCAAGAAGGCCAACCAAAAACGGCAAUUGGAUAACGUUGUCAUCCAGGAAGGUGACUUUACCACAGAUUAUUUCAACAAGAUUACCGUUAAAGAUUUACUAGGAGAACAGAGUGGCGCUGAGGAAGGAGACGGGACGAAAUCGGGUGUUGAAGGAAAUUAUUCUAAAGGUAAUAAAGUUCUUCUUGAUAAUGCUGGCCGAGAAGAUUUGACAAAGGCGUUGGAACAGGCUGAAGAUACUGAAGAUGCAGCGGCAGCUGAAGUUGCAAUGAAGGAAGUUAGCUUGGAUACUAGGGACUUCGAGGACGAUAAUAAGGACAGUGGUAGAAGUCCGAGCGUCGGAACUCCUAUGGAAAGUGAUGUGACCAAAUCUGCCGAGAUGGCACAGAAAAUAGCUUUGAAAGAGGAAACAGUGGAAGGGCAUGAGCCCGAACAAGUAUAUGAAGAUGAAGAUGAAGAUGAUGGGGUCGGAGAUGUCGAUGAGUACAUGAUUCGGUUCAUCGCUGGAGGAUUCUAUUUUGAUUAA